AUGGCAGAGACGGUGUUCACCCCCUCUUUGGAAGGGAUGAAGCAUGUCAAGGCAGAGAACGGAGUCAUUCUCACCAAGCCCUUCCUUGAUGUCUGCAAGCAAAUCUUGCCUGUCCUCGGUAACUCAUUUGCUUCGCUGGUAGCAGUAGCUGCAUUACUUAUCAGAUUUGGUACCAUGCUUAGUUCAGAAGUUCAGUGGUGCCCCUGCUUUUAUGAACCAGAUAAAUUUGGAGCUGCUAUGGCAAUUGUGAAGAGUGAUAUCGGUGGCAAUAUCACAAGACUGGAAAACAAGUAUUCUUCAGAACCAGCAAAGUAUGAACACUUGUACAGCAUGGUUCAGGAAGAGGUUCAAAACAAGACCGCAAAAGGUUCCUCAAGCUGCACAAAUGGGCUUCUGUGGCUCACGAGGGCCAUGGAUUUCCUUGUUGAGUUGUUUCGUAACCUGCUUGAGCAUCCAGACUGGACCAUGAGUCAAGCUUGCACCGAUUCAUACACCAAGACUCUGAAGAAAUUUCAUGGCUGGCUUGCCAGUUCUAGUUUUACGGUGGCCAUGAAACUUGCUCCUAAUAGAGAUAAAUUUAUGGAGGUCAUUAGUGGAACUGGUGACAUCAAUGCAGAUAUUGAGAAAUUUUGCACAACCUUCUCUCCUUUCCUCAAAGAAAAUCACAACUUUCUGGCAAGCGUCGGUCUUGAUGAUAUGAAGGCUUCAUAG